CUUCAACAAGACAAAACGUUUUAUUCUUGAGUUUGACUAGAAGUGCGAAUUCAACAGUAAAUCACUUCACUUCGACGUGAUUUUUUUCACAGUGCAACUGGCGCUUCACAGCACAUAAAUAUUUAUCGAACUGACAGCGACGGCAUCAGUUCGUAAGGUACACCUACACAGAAGAAAGGAAGAAAGAGGAUUGGAGGACUACAGAAACUCGACAAAAGCGGCUGAAUUGCCUUGGAAAGCUGGAUUGAAAAGCAAAAUUAUUGCUAACAGCGUCGUAGACGCGGAACCAGAAACCCUUUGAAAAGUGAUUUUCACGUGUUGUCCUCACCGAGAGCAUGGAGAACGAUUGGAGCGGAGCCGAACGGCUCAUUUCGCUCGUUUUCUCGCGGAGACAGAUCUGGGAUAAAAAAGCGCCAAACUAUGUGGACAAGGAAGUGGUGGAGCAACAUUGGUGUCAGAUUGCAAACGAAUUGGGCUAUCAGAAGCCUUACCCUGUGAAGAGAAAAUGGAAAUCCCUUCGGGAUACAUUUCUCAAGGAGAUGAAGAAAGUGCCCGCGGAAAAAUGGCCCAACCUAGAUGUAGCGACCUACGAAUUGUACGGAGCUUGGCCGUUUUUUAGCUCGAUGCUUUUUCUGCGGGACUUCGUCAGACCACGAACAGCUGUUGCCAAUACGACGCCCGACAGUGACUCCGAACAACAACAACUGGUAGAUUAUGACACAGACGUCACAAAAAUCUACGACCCGGUUGAGGCCCCCGCCGGUGUAUUUCAAAUAGAUUCUACAGCUACUGGAAAGAACAGGACCAUUGAGGAGGAGGAUGAUGAGGAUGAAAUGUUCUUUAGCAGCCUUCUGCCACACGUUUGCAAGUUAGCUCCGGAGGAUAAGCUAGCGUUUCGCACGGAGAUAAUGAACAUGGUUCAGAAGUAUGUUUAUCAUAAGAGAAGAUGUGUUGGCGAUUAUAGUUUUUAAAACAAUAUUUUAAUAUAUUAUGUUAAUUAUCAACACUGAAA